CAAUCCAAAAUCGGAUUAUUUUUCGUUGUGUAUGAUGUUGAGUUGUUCCUCUAUUUCGCAGUAAAGAUUGUUAGCUCUUUUGGUAUUAUUACAUGGUUAUCUCUAUUGUUGCUGCUCGAAAAUGAAGCCGAAGGGAAAGCGCGGAUUAGCGGACAAGGUACAGCGCGCGCGACGAAGUACCCGCACCGAAACGACUGCUGCACCGCUGUCGAAUGUGCGACGAAAUCCGUUCGAAUUGUUUCUGACGAAGGCCAAGCAUGUCAUAGCUGGCCGGAAGACGGGUCCUGUAAAACCUGCCGGCCAGAUGCAGAAGGGGAAGGCACAUGUGGAAACACAAGGCCUCCGCAGUGUCUCCCGAGGAACUGCCUUCCAGAACCGGAAAAAGACGCUUCUGCGAGAAUACCGUACUCAUACAAAGAAUAACCAGCUGAUCGACCGGCGAUUGGGAGAAAACGAUGUUUCCAUGUCGUUGGAAGAUAAAAUGAUGCAGCGCGUUAUGCUGGAGAGAAAGAGGAGUGCGAAGAGCCAGAAGAAUGUCUUCAACUUGAAUAACGAUAUUGAUUCCGAUGAGGAAGAUGGAACUGGAUUUGGGCAACGACUGGCCGAUGUGGAAAGGUUGGAAGAGGAUGACGAGAGAUUGUCGGAUAAAGGGGAUGAGGUUGACGAUAUUCUCGGGGAAAAGUUUGUGACCGAACAUCAUUUUGGUGGUGGAUUGUUAAAAAAGAAACUCGACAGCGAGACCGGUGAAUCUCGAAUAGAAACUCGCCCGGAUUUAAUGAAAGUUGAACGGAAACUACUGGUGGAUGACAUUAUCGCUGAAUCUAAGCAAAAGAAAUACAAUAAACAAGUUGAAUUGGACGAAGUUCGCGACAUGACAAAAUCUCUGGACGAAAAAUGGAGGGAUGCCGAAGUGCGGAAGCUAAUUAGUGCAUCCUUCAGCCAAGCCAUGCCCGAACCUCCCGUGGAAUCAUACGAUUCAUUGGUGAAAAAGCUGCAGUUUGAGGAUAAAGCUAAAGCGUCCGAUAAACUGAAGAGUGAUGCUGAGCUGGCCAAAGAAGCACGCGAUGAAUUAGAGAAAGCGGAAAAACAGCGGCGGAAUAAAAAUCUUCCCGCGAAAUCCGAGGAAACUAACCCCAACAUAGGUUUGCAAAUGUUAGAUCCAGAAUUCUCGGAUGAUGAUAUGGAACAGGAAGACGCUGUGGAAGUGGAUGAAGAGUCUGAUGUAUCCAUUGAACAGAAUCAGACAGCAGCCGAACCGCUUCUAGCUGAGCGAGAAAUUCCGUUCGUCAUUUCCUUGCCAAAAAAUCGCCAGGCGUUGGAUAGCUUAUUAGAAAAUCGAACUGCCGAUGAAAUCCUUGUAAUUACCACUCGCAUAAUGAAAUAUUAUCAUGUCAGCUUAGCGGAAGGCAACCGAGAAAAGCUGACAAAAUUCUUCAAGCUGCUUCUAGAUUUUAUUCUAACUAAAAGUGACGAUGAUCCGGAGUCCGCGGUGCAGCUUUGGACUUGUUUAACGUCAGCGCUGCACGAACUAUUCGUUAUUUCUGCGGAAAAAGGCGAAGAGUGGUGCCGAGUACGCAUAGAAGCCCUCUUGAAAUUGGCAUCCCGGAAAAAAUAUACUUGGACGCCUUCUGCACUGCUUUUCAUCAAGUUCAUGACCAUAUGCUUCCCCGGUGACAAACAUUAUUUACUUGUUCAGUCAGUACUGAAUUUGUUACUGGGCAAGGGUCUCAGUAAAUGUGAUGGCCGUUCACCUGCGUCGGUUCUUUCGGGAUUGUUCUUGGCUACAAUCACCGUAGAAGUGAUUCAGAAAUCCAAACGAUAUUUUCCGGAAUUAAUUGGUUUCCUUGGGCAGGCUGUAGCGCAAGGGGAUGAGGGUUUGAAAUUCAGUGGAGAGGAAAUUCCGAAGUUCACGUUACUUGAUGUAUUAUCGACGGAAAGCGUAGCGGAAGCUUCAGAUACGCCAAAAAUAAUUUUCACUUGUGCAUGUUUAUUGGAGAAAUUGGUUCCUUUGUAUGCGGAUUUGCCGUCUUUUGGAGAGAUAUUCCAACCUAUCGUGAGCAUUUUCGAUAAAAUUAACAGCAACGAGAUGCUGCCGCCAGAUUUCCGUGGCAAGUGUGGUAAGGUUACGGAGCUGAUCAAUACCUGCCGAAAACCGCGAAUGCCAUCUGUUUUCUUCAAAAAAAAACCAGCACCCUUGAAGAUGCUGGAACCACGCAUUGAUGAUAAAUUUGAUAAAUCGAAGUCAGCAAAAAAGGCCGCCAUCAAGCGACUGCAGCACGAUAAAAAGCGAGCCUUAAAAAGCGCCAAACGGGAACUGCGUCGGGAUAACGAAUUUAUUUCCCGUGUUCAAAUGGAAGAGCAGCAGAAGAAGGACGUGACAAGGAUGAAAAAGGUUAAAGAGAUUUUCACUGGCCUUUAUUCCCAGGAGGGCGAACAUAAAGCAUUACAACGGCAGAAGAAUAAGACAAAAAGUAAAAUAAAAUUUUGACCUUAAUACAUUGUACGUGUAUAACAUGGAGUUUUUACUCUGGUUUUUGUGAAGUUGGCAGUUUGUUUACGCUGGUUUUUAGUCUAUUAUGAGUGGUUAUCUUUCGAACGCCGGAAGAUGCUUUUUUCGAAAAAAAAACAUUUCGAGCUUCGCUUUACGUUCGCGAGUAGAAUUUUU